UAGCUUAGUUGUAGACUUGUAGUGCUUAUAGAUGUGCAUUUGUAUAGCUUUAUGACAUCAUUUUACAUAAGUGGUUAUUAUGAUCAAUUAUUAUAUUCAUGGCUUGUAGUUCUCCUAAGUGCUUCACAACCAAGGAUUAAAGUUUUUUUUAACUUUCAGAGGAGCAGUGUUCCAGCUAUAGGCAAUAGAUUACACUCGGCCUUGAUCCUCUCAAGAAAUUCUGCGUGCAAUCUGAAGGGCAUACGAGCACACAUAGAACAAGACUUGGAGUUCAAAAUCUACAGCAGGGCCAGGCUUCAACAUUCAGUUCAGGAACAUCCACCGUCCCCAGCUGUGCAGAAAAAAAAACUGGCGCCAUAGUGACGAUGCAAUCCAGAAACUCUUGCAAGGUCUUUAUAUUCAACAGUUUGAAGCUCGAAAUUAACUCAACGCCUUACUAAACCAUAAGCUCCAACAGCACACCCUCACGGCACUAACAGCACGAAGAUGAAUGGCAACCAGGAGCCAUCCUCGCCUCUCCUUUUUCACGAGCCUCGCCUGAAGCCUUUUUCUAGAUAGCUUUCGUCGUGAACUUCCAGGCCAGUGGUCAGAAUUCAGAAUCUCCAACCAUACAGGCACCAUCUGUGAGACUGUGAUCUGUCUUGAACCUCCUGGGAGCUAUCAAUUUUUCGAGCUCACCCUAGAAAACCUCUUUAUUAAUAAUUUGAAUGCCGAGAACCGAUGCACCGCUGACUAUGCUACAGCUUUCCUGAUUGCUCUGCUCCGAAGUCCUGCGCAGGAUGUCGAAGAGUGAAACGCCUGAACUCAUGUUACACCCCGUACUUGCCCUUGUGCCCACUGGUUUUGGCUAUGGACUGAACUUGGCCUUCUUGGGUUGAGAGGAGUUGGCUUGGUCCUGCAGGAUGGAAAUAAAAAAUAGCCAAGCACAUUCUGGGAGACAAGAAAUGAAUGCCAUGAUAGGGCAGAUUCAAACUCAUGGAUAAAGCAGAGUAGAGCUUCAAAACAAGCUUGGUAAGUUCCUACUGCUGCUGUCAUCACGACCAAAUACAUAGGAUCUAUAGACUCAUCUAUGAGAAGAUGCCAGUGAACCACUGGCAGUUUAUCCAAGAAACGAUGACUGCAAGGAAUACACUAGAUCAGAUGUUGCAACUGGUACUACCUCUUGAUCUGCAUGGCAGCACUCAUGUAGUCUAUCCAUUCAUUCAUUAAUAUUAUGUUUGCCUAGCCUAAAAAAUCCCAAACAUGGAUAUGGAUAAAGAAACAUUAAGUAAAGAACAGUGUGGUCUCUAAAUGUUAAUAGAAUAUUCAGUUAGGCUUGUUUUGUUGUUCAGAAGAUUUUAAAUAUGCUGCUUCAUUCAGUUGACUGAAUUUUCCAAAAAUUCUCACAACUAGGAUUUUUUAAAAUCUGCCUUCUGAAAUCAUCUAAAAGAAAGCAGUGAAUCACAAAUUAGUAGAGAAUUUUGUGAAAUUAUUCAAAAAAAUUCAAAGUAUUCAAUGAGUCACUGAGAUCUUUGAAUAAUCGAUGAUGCUUCAUUGCUCUUUCAAACAAGUGUUACAUGAGUCAUUUAUAAAACUGUGGAAAACUUUAGAUAAAAUUUCCAUGAAAUUAGUGUGAAGCAACGCAGAACAUUAACAUGUUGUGCACUCAUGCAAGGAACAGAGCACCCAGUACUACUGGUUCUUAGAUAAAUGGAUUAACACCCAGUACUGCAAGGAACAGAGCAUCCGUGCAUACCUAUUGGCAACAAAGCCUUCUGUUGCAUCAUUAUGCAUUCACUUUGCAAUGAUUUUUUUGCACUGAUAAGGAGAAGUAGUCUUUUAUGUUAUUUUGCCACCAUUUGCAGUAGUUCUAGCUUUACUCGUUGGCCAAUUUAUCAGUUGCAGGUACUAACGGUGCCAGGCUACCAGCUUUGACUAUGUGAUUUCAUUACUUGUUGUAUUCAGAAAAUCUAAUAUUAUGAAGGUCAACUUUCUUAUUUUACUGAAAGUCUAAAAGGCACUACCUAUUAACAUAUUAGUGCCUGCUCAAGUGCAGAAAAGUGGUCAAAAUCUUCCUUGUGUUGUCUUAGCAAUGCUUUAGCACUCCAUAUAUUCUAUUAUAAUUAGGCAGGGUUGGAGAAGAAAAGCGCAUCACAGGGAAUAUCUAUGGCACUUUUAUACUCAUGUUCUUGUGUUUCUUGUUUGCAGCCUACACAAAUCUGGAGUUUGAACACACGACAGGUGAUAUGCUUAUCUUUUGUGGAUGGACUGUUCGCUUGGCUUUUGCUGAUUGAAUUGGAGCUGCACUUGUAGUUUGGUAACGUUUAUAUACAUAACUAUGCGGAUUGCGUUAGCUAGAAUAUGUCUUCCAGUACCAGGGUGACAAUGGGCUCUAAAUUUUACACUAAAAUUUAAGAAUCCGAUCGGGUUAUGAUCAGGUUAUAUUUAUAUUUAUUAUUGAACUAAAAUUAAUUUAGGACCCUAACAAAUUGUGGAGAAACAUUUUGAAUCGUGAUCCAUUAUCACCCCUACCAGUACCACAUACAUACCUCCCGUUGUGGUGUUUAACCCUACGUGCAGACCUUGUCACCUUAUUUUGGAUCGAUUCCCUGUUGUAUGUGGCUUGUGCUAAAACAAGAAACACUUGCAACUUUACUAGAAAUUAUGGUCAGACUCUCUUUCUCUGUGUUCGUUUGAUUGUUGCUCUGGCUGUCUCCUGCUAACCAAUUUUGUGGGAAAUUCAACCUUUGAAGCAUCAAUGCGGUGAAUAAUUUCUCAAACCCUUAGUAUGUUUUCCCUAAUGCUGGAUAAGGUGCUCUCAAAAAGCCAUAUGAAACCUAUGGAUAUAAAUCCAGGUGAUGAUUGGACAAAUGUAAGUAUCCCUUUGAUACAUAAUAACCAGCAUGCCCAACGUGAUGGAUGGUGGCGACCGUCUGAGACAAGGUAACUUAAAACUUCUAUGCACACAAUUUGAUCUCUUCUUCAUUAUGUCCCUCAUACUGGUUAUAUAUCAUUAUAUUUUUUGCUCUGUUCGCACAAACUACUUUUGUUAUUCAUCAAUCAGACGCGUUAAGUGGCGACCAUCUAUUUGUCGUUCUGCUCCCCUUAACAUGUAACUGUUAAGUGGUAACCAAUCAGACACGUCCAUUUCAAGGUUUUCCUUAGUUUCCAUUGAAAUUUAUCUAUUACCAUGGUUAUCUGUUAACCAAACUAUGAAGUUCUGCAUAUAAUGGUCAGAGGCUAUGGUAUUUAUCUUAUAGUACAGGAAAUAGACGCCGAAGCAGCUCCUAUGUUCCAUUGAAGAAAGAAGGCAAUUCAAUUCUGAAUGAUAAGAAAAAUACCAAGCUUCGAGUACUUGUCGUUCGAGAUCCUUGUGCUAUUUGCAGGGCUGAUGCCCGACUCUCAGCUCAGCACUUCCAUCAUUGUGAUGUGCCAAAACACCGAAGCCAUAUCAUACAUGAUCACCUAUGGCUUCGCCGCUGUCAUCAGCACAAGGGUGUCCAACGAGCUGGGAGCCCGGAACAUCGCCAACGCCAGGAAGGCGCUCACCGUGUCGCUGGCGCUGUCCCUGAUGCUGGGGGUGGUGUUCCUGCUGCUACUGGGCCUCGGCCAUGACCUCUGGGUGCGCCUCUUCACCACCAGCGAGGCCGUGGUCAGCGCCUUCGCCUCCAUGACGCCGCUGCUCAUCGGCUCCGUCGUGCUGGACUCCACGCAGGGGGUACUCUGCGGCGUCACCAGGGGCUGCGGGUGGCAGCACCUGGCGGCGUGGACAAACCUGGUGGCCUUCUAUGUCAUCGGCUUGCCGCUCGCCAUCCUCUUCGGAUUCACGCUCGCCUUCCAAACCAAGGGGCUGUGGAUGGGGCAGAUAUGUAGCCUCCUCUGCCAGAACUGCGUCCUCUUUUUUAUCACCCUGCGAACCAACUGGCAGGAGUUAGACCUGACCAUGUUCAACAAGGACAACGAUUUUGUCUGCUAGGAUUCUAGAAAGAGUUUUUCUUUUCUUUUUUGCCAUGUGCUGUUGCUGAAACAUUGAACCAUCAGCAUCAGGCUUCGACAGAGCUGUUUGGUGUUUGCUCAUCAAUUCAUCAUCAGUGUAACACUACAGAUUGUAACAUUUGGAAUCUCGAAGAUAGGAAUUAAAAAUGUUCUGAUA